GUCGCCCCGCGGGAGCGGCCGUUCGCCGCCCGUCCCCGAAGGAGGCCGCGCAGACAUGGCGACGGCGCUGACGCAGGGCCGGAAGCGCGUCCCGGACCAGACGGGCUACCUGGUGAUCUGCGACGGGGCGUCGGCCGGCGACCUGGAGAACGACGAGCGCACGGCUGGGGUGAUCUCGGAGCUGGUGAGCACGGCCUGCGCCUUCCGCCUGCCCCGCUGCCCGGAGGUGCCCUUCCGCCGCAUCUCAGUGGUGUUUGGGGAGCACUCCUUCCUGGUGACCAUCUCUGGUCAGAAGCUGUUUGUGGUGAAAAGGCAGAACAGUGUCCGAGAGCCGGUGAUGGUCUGAGCUCGAGGCGGCUGCUGCUGCUGCUGCUGCUCUUCCCAGAACAUGGAGAGAGGGCCCAAGUGCCCACGGCUCACCUUUCGUGACUGUGUGUAUGUGAGUGGGAGCUGAAUCAUUCACGGGCUACUGCACAGACUGUUAAGAACCUGGUCUAAACUGGGGCGGGGGGGCGGGGGGGUUGGUAUGUAAAGGAGAGGCCUGGCACAGCUGUGUUGCAUGAAUUAAAACUUUUAAAAAACAAUCUAUUGAUUAGCAACCAGCAAGCAACUUCAGUAAACAUCGGAACUUUCCCUGUCUGCACAAGUCCAAUUUCUUCUCCAGCCCCCAACACCCCCACACAAACUGAGAAAUUCUGCAGGUUGCUUGACAGCUCAGCUUGUUUGAAGAGACGGACAGAAACUUGAUAGAUGCAGAGAAGGACCUGAAUUGUCUCAGUUUCCUAUAGCGGUAUAGAAAGUCCAGCAUGGCUUUCUCUAAUGCAGGAAAGGGGCUUUAAUACUUGGCACAAUCUUUAAGGUAGGGACGUAGGACCCAAGGCUUGGGGGGCAAAUUCAGCCUUCUUGGUUCUAAAUCAUUUCCUCUGAGAUCCUUCGGAGGGCCACCCUCUUUCCUGUGCCCAUGAGUUGUUUGGUCAUGUCCAAGCUUUAGAAUAGCAGCUCCCCCGGCUGAAAAUGCUUCUAAGGCUUAGUUACAGGCAGGAGCAUCUCAAGCUAAACGAAGCUGGUUAAGCAUGUCCUCUGCCCCCGGGGUGCGUGUGCACUCCCCCCGCUGCCACCCAAACAGCUCCCAGCUUGAUCCUGGUUCUUGGGGUGCAUGGGGUUCAGCAGCUCUGCCUGAAGCCGCCGGUUUCUUUAAAGGCAGGAUGGGGUGAGAAGGGCUGCCUUUCCUGGCAAGGCUGGCGGGUAGAGUUCACGUUCCCUUAGCAGUGUAGAUGAUGGGGUGUCCUUCAUGCUCUUCCCAAAGAGCUCCUUUCCUUUUGUGCCGGAUCCUGCACUUUCUUCUUUCCAAGGAAACCAGCGAGGAUUGAGGUUUUGCUGCCCUCUUUCUUCUGGGGACUGUGUGACAUUCCCCCUGUGUCCCCCUGCCCCAGACAUCUGGCUGCAGAAGAGGAUCCCAGCCCAGAGGAUGAAUGAGAAUCUGCAAAACACGCUCCCUCUCCCGGUAUCUGCUGGUUUCUUCCAAGAUCAACAAAUGUUUUGAAGGGGGGACUGCCCACCCACUGAGCAAGACGCGAUGCAAGGAAGGUUUUUCCUGUGACAGAUCAGUCUCUAAACAGCUGCUUAAGUGAUUCGGCCUUCCCUUCAGGGGAGCUAUUUUACCCCUCUGAGUCUUGGUAAAAAGCCUAACUAAGACCCAUCGCUUGCUUGGAAAGCAAAUCGCACGAUGUCUUGCCUCCUUCCUUCUGGAGGAAAUGCGCUCAGUGGCUCUCACGGGGGCUCCCUUGCUCCAGCCGCUUCUGGCCCAACAGCAAUCGGCUUAGUGGAUCGCGGUGGGCAGCGUACUGAUGGCAUUGCACGCCCCCGGCUCUGCAGCGGGAGGGACGGUUAAAGCCCCCCCCCAUGCCAGCUCUCAUUUCAAGUGAUGGGGUUGACAUGCCACGUGAACAGCUCUGCCCUGCCCUGCCCUGCCCGUGGCAUGUGGAUUCUUGCCUGAACUGGCCAUGUGGUUCUGUGGCAAUGCAGGUUCCGUGCCCCUUGCUCCAUCCUCUUGGCUCACUGUGCCCCCGCAAGCGACAUCCCCAUCCCUUGCCUGUUCUGCCCAUGGACUGCAGUUGUCACCCCUUCAUUGGGCCCUGCGAUCAGGAGGUACCCCCCCAUGCGCCUCCAUGUCUGUGGCACAUCUCAGCUGCUCCCCAGAGAUUUUACAUUAAACAAAAAUAAAGAGUUUUGCUGCAAUCCC